AUGUCAUCCGGGUACCAGACACCUAAACGGAGGUUGGCCUCCCGAUUCGCCCUGCCCCAGAGUCUGAGUUUGGUCAACUGUAAGCCACCACCCAAGCUGACGGGAAUCAAGAAACCCUUGGUGAACCUCAAGGACUGUUACGUUGGGGCAUGUAUCUGUGGAGGGCCCUCUGGGCGGAUUUCAAUAGUAGAACAGAAGGGCAUCCUGCUCCGGGACGGAAGGUUGCUGGGCGCUCUGGGGGACCCGUGGCUGGAAACCAGGGGUGGACAAGGAGAAGAAGGCAAGGGGUGCUCCCUCCAGCACCAGCAUGCCACGGUGUGCGUCCUCACCGAGGUUGUAGCCGAGGCACCCGAGGUGAGUCAGCUGAGCUCCAUGCUGGGCCCCGACUGGCAGCUGGACAUCACCGACCUCAUGGCCGAGUUCAUGAAGGUGGAGGAGCCCAGAUUCAUGCAGCUCCAGGGAGGCAGGACUGGAUAGGAGCCGGGGAUGACCACCAAUGGUGUGCUCUCGCCGCUGUCCGACUCCAUCCUGGCCGAGAAGACGGUGAUCGUGCUGGAUGAUGGCGUCACCAUCACAGACCUGGGCAUGCAGCUGGUGGCCGGCUUGUCCCUUGCCCUGCAGCCUCACAGAGCAGACAAGAGAGCCAUUGUCUCGGUGGUAUUGGCCCAGGACGUUCUCCAGACCCCGCAUUGUUGGAUUUUGGUCAGUGAUGGUUUGGUGAUACCCUUAGACAUUUAUGACCCCAAGGAUUUUUCAGUUACUGUGUCAUCAUUGGGUGAAAUGGUGGUGUCUGUCCAGGCAAAUCUUCAGUCUAGAGGGCUGGUGGUGGUUGCACAGGGUGAAGGGCAAGAGCCCUUGAUUAAACUAGAAAUGAUGAUUAGUGAGCGCUGUCAGAAGACCAAGAGGAAGAGCAUUCUUGCCAUGGGUAAAGGAAAUGUCAAGGUCAGAUUUGAACCAAAUAUUGAUGAGCACCAAGGAGGCACCAACAACAUUGAGGGCAUCAGUUGGGAAUACAAAGACCACCUCAGUAAUUCCAUAGAGCAUGAAGGGAACCAGGAGGGAACAGAUAAGGAGUGGUUCCAACAUGGCGCCUGUGUUAGCCACGAAGAACAUAGCGACAAAAGCACAAAACCAUGGUCUUCCCAGGAAGGAAAGGAAAAGAAGUCACUCAAGACUGGUGGCUCCGCCUUCACAAGCUUCCCCACUCAAGGGAAAUUACCAGAACCCAAUAAUCCCAGUGACCUGACAGUGACCUCAGGGGGGUUGACUGACUUGGAGAUCGGCAUGUACGCUCUGCUCUGUGUCUUCUGCCUGGCCAUUUUGGUCUUCUUGAUCAACUGUGUGACAUUUGCUUGGAAAUACAGACACAAAAGAUUCGCCAUGAGCAAGCAAGGCAACAUCCCCUAUUCCCAUGACUGGGUCUGGCUUGGGAACGAGGUGGAACUUCUGGAGAACCCUGUGGACAUCACCCUCCCAUCAGAGGAGUGCACGACCAUGAUAGACAGGGGACUACAGUUUGAGGAGAGGAGUUUCCUUCUCAACAGAAGUUCCCAGAAGACCUUCCACAGCCAACUGCUCAUAGACUAUGUCUAUGAGAAGGACUUGAAAAGUGAGCCUCUGAAUCCAUCGGGCCCAAAGCAGAAGUGAGUCAAGUUUACGUCCUAUACCACCAUCCUCCUGGAGGACAGCGGCCCGUGCACCAACUCCAUCCUGUUUGACAGUGAGGACAACAUCAAGUGGGUGUGCCAGGACAUGGGGCUGGGGGGCCCCCGGGACCUCAGAAACUACAUGGGAAGGCUGCAGGACCCCAUGUGA